AUGCCUUUUGAUGUUCGUCGACUCGUCGGUCCCACCGCCUCGGGGGACCGCUACGACCUCACCAGCCCGACGGCCCUGCCCAAGGCGGCCGGCUUCCUGUGGAACAACAAGAUGAUGAUCCAGGCCACUUGCCGUGGCUAUGCCACUGCCCAGUUCAUGCAGCCCGAGCCAGCCAAAUACUCGCACGCGCCGAAUCUCGAGGCCAAGACCUUCAUGCAGCCGGAACAAAGCUACUACGCCGACCACCCGGGCCGCUUCGUGUACGUCCAGGACCUCGAUAGAAACGAGCUCUUUUCCGCCCCCUACGAGCCCGUCCGCAAGCCGCUCGACAAGUAUGUGUUCUCCGUCGGCAAGAGUGAUCUGCGGUGGACGUGCGAGCUGGACGAUCUCAAGGUCGACAUGAUCCUCAGCCUGCCGACAAACGACGUCGCCGAGCUCUGGACGGUCCGCGUCUCCAACAUGGCGCCUCGCAAGCGCCGCGUCGCCAUCACGCCCUACUUUGUCAUUGGCUGCAUGUCCUGGAUGAACCAGUCGGCCGAGCACCGCAGCGACCUCCAGGGCAUUGUCGCCUCCAGCAUCACGCCGUACCAGAAGGUCGAGGACUAUUUCAAGAACAAGUCGCUGCGCCUCAAGGACAAGACCUAUUUCCUCUGGGAAACGGCGCCGGAUUCGUGGGAGACCGUCCAGGACAUCUUCCACGGCGAGGGCGGCAUCCAUGCGCCCUCGGCGCUUGUGGACGAUGACAAGCUCGGCUGCCACGACGCGCGCUACGAGACGCCGGCCGCCGUCGUGCAGUACCGCGCCGAGCUCGACGAGGGCGAGGACCGCGAGUACCGCUUCGUCUUUGGCCCCGCCUGCGACGACGCCGAAAUCAAGUCCAUUCGCUCCAAGUACCUGAGCCGCGACGGCUUUGCCCGCGCGGCCCGCGACUACGCCCGCUACAUUGAGCUGGGCCGCGGCUGUCUGCAGGUCCAGACGCCCGACAAGGAGCUCGACAACUUUAUCAACAACUGGCUGCCGCGCCAGGUCUACUACCACGGCGGCGUCAACCGCCUCACGACCGACCCUCAGACCCGCAACUACCUGCAGGACAACAUGGGCAUGGCCUACAUCCGCCCCGCCUCGCUGCGCGGGGCCUUUCUCAAGGCGCUGUCCCAGCAGGAAGCUAACGGCUCCAUGCCCGACGGCAUCCUCCUGGCCGAAGGCGCCGAGCUCAAGUACAUCAACCAGGUGCCGCACACCGACCACUGCGUCUGGCUGCCCAUUGCCCUGGAUUCGUACCUGGCCGAGACCGCCGAUUUCUCCAUUCUCGAUGUGCCCGUCAAGGGCGACAGCGACGGCCGAACCAUGUCCGUCUUUGAGCGCGUCAGCGAGGCCAUGCAGUGGCUGCUGACGAGCCGUGACGAGCGCGGCCUGAGCUACAUUGCCCAGGGCGACUGGUGCGAUCCCAUGAACAUGGUCGGCUACAAGGGCAAGGGCGUGUCGGGCUGGCUGACGCUGGCGACCGGCUAUGCUCUGCGCCUCUUUGCCGAGGUGUGCGAUCGCCGUGCCGGGAACGCGGAGUCGCUGAUUGGCGCUGCCAAGGACGAGGGGGCGGCCAAGGCCGCGGGCGAGCUGGCGAUCCGGUUCCGCGAGGGCUGCAAGGACGUCAACGAUGCCGCCAACACGCAUCUCUGGGACGGCGACUGGUUUGCCCGCGGCAUCACCGACGACAAUGUCGUCUUUGGCACCAAGAAGGAUGCCGAGGGCCGCAUCUGGCUGAACCCGCAGACGUGGGCCAUUCUGAGCGGUGCCGCCAGCCCCGAGCAGUGCGACAAGAUGCUGCCGGAAGUCGACAGCCAGCUGGGCACGCCCUAUGGCGUGACCAUGUUUGCGCCUCCCUUCACGGGGAUGCGCGAGGACGUCGGCCGCGUGUCGCAAAAGUUUCCCGGCAGCGCCGAGAACGGUGCGGUCUACAACCACGCCGCGGUCUUUUACGCGCACGCCCUCUACACCAUGGGCGGCCGCCAGGUCGAUCGUGCCUACACGGUCCUGCGCCAGAUGCUGCCCGGCCCGUCCGACGAGGACUACAAGCGCCGCGGCCAGCUGCCCGUCUACAUUCCCAACUACUACCGCGGCGCCUACCACCUGUACCCGCGCACCGCCGGCCGGUCGAGCCAGCUGUUCAACACGGGCACCGUCUCGUGGGUGUACCGCUGCUUCAUCGAGGGUCUGUGCGGCCUGCGCGGCGUGCCCCGCGGCCUGCGCAUUGCGCCGCAGCUGCCGUCCAAGUGGAACGCCAUUACCGUGACGCGCGAGUUCCGCGGCGCCACCUUCAAGGUCGACAUUCGCCGGUCCCGCGACGUGAAGAGCACACGCGUGCGGUUCGCGGGCCAGUCCGACUUCCUCCCGGAGCCCAUUGUCACGGACAUUGAGGCGGGCCGCACCUACAACCUCACCGUCCUAGUCCCGCAGUAA